AUGACGAGUUUUCGUUGGCUGAAGCCGAUCGUCUCGUUGCAGGAAACAAUUUUGUCAACGAAGGGAAAGGCGUACUCGACGAGAGAUCGCACCGAAUCGCGGCCGCCCAGUGAGCACGAUGAUAACAACAACAAAGCCGACGCGAAGUUGCCGCUGAUCACGCCGAAAAUGAAGCGGCAUCACGACACCGACACGCUUCCGCUUCUCAACAUCGACGAGGUGUUCCGAAAGCGUUGGCACGUCGAGGGCCUCAUCGGCAAAGGCGGCUACGGCGAAAUCUAUAUGGCCAUCGAUAUGCAGCGCACCGAAGAGGUGGCGAUCAAAGCCGAGCCGAAAACGCGGCGCGGCAAAAUCGCGAAGCGCAUGAUUCUCGAGCAGAAGGUGCUCGUUCGACUUCAGGGCAAACCGCACGUGCCGAUGGUGUUCGCGUCGGGACACACCGAGAGAAUGAAUUUUAUUGUCAUGCAGCUGCUAAGCAUCAAUAUUGGCGAGAUUCGCAAAGCGAGCCCGGUGAAGCGUCUGAGCAAGAGCACGACGGGACGCAUUCUGGUGCAGGCGAUCGCCGCGCUUCGCGAUCUCCACGAGGCCGGCUAUAUUCAUCGCGACGUGAAGCCGGCGAACAUGUGCUUCGGAAUUUCGAACAAGAAUCGCCACGUUUUGAUGCUUCUCGAUUUCGGGCUCAUUCGGCGAUUCAAGACGAAAACCGGCGAGUUUCGGUCGCCGCGUCCGCGCGCCGGCUUUCGCGGCACCCAUCGCUACGUGUCGACGCGAGUUCACGCGCGCCUCGAGCAAUACCCGUGCGAUGAUCUCGUCUCGUUGCUCUACUCGGGCUAUGAGCUUCUCAUCGGCGAGCUUCCGUGGAAAUCGUUGGAGAAGAAUGAGGAGAUUCGACGCCUCAAAGAGGGAAUGCAAUCGCCGGAUUCCGACUUCAUGUCGCAGAGUCCGCUAAGCGAUCUCGCCAAAAUCAUAUUUGGACUUGAGGCCAUGUCGGAGCCGCCGUACGUGAAUCUUCAGAAUCAAUGCAAACCCUUAUAUGGGGGCAAGAGGCUCAGCGAUCCCUAUGAUUGGGAGGAGGAUUACAAAGAAGCUCUUGAUGAGAACGGAUCGGAACAGGAUCGCUCAUUCAAUUAA